AUUUAUGGAGUAAGUUGAUUGAUGGUGCUGAUCAUCAUGCCAAAUGACGGUAUGGUGGGAUAGAUAUAUAAUCGAGUGCUCGGGUAAGUAUGCAAUCAACAUCAUACUUGUAGUAUGAGGAGUUAGAGUCCACUAUAUAUUUAGAUAAGUAGGAGUAGCCUGGAAUAUACAUGACUUUGAUAGUAAAUAAACUUCAGGACAACUUCAUAGAAAGUGAGUCGGAACCAAAGAGUUCCAAAAAGGGAAGCCGCUGGGCGGCAGCACGUGGUCCCGCGUUUUCUCCGCGUCGCGCACGAGAUGACCGAGGGUCUCCAGUGUCGACUUCCUCCACCUCCACGCUUAUGGAUCUUUUGUCGGUCCUUCCGGACUUCCCUACCAAGCCAUAUGCUCAUAUUCUCCCGCCUCUUGAGCGAAGCCAUAUCAGCACGGUCGACUUGAUCACUCUCGACACUCUCGAAGUCGCAAAGCGUGCUCGUGUCCCUCCCGCCGAUGUCCGCCGCCUGUCCGCUCAGAUCAUAAGAGCUCUCCAUCAUGAUGUCGGUUUCAAGGAAAACAGAGAUCCCGAUGCUGAUGAGCCAAGCUCCAGCCUCAGUGUCGACGUUCCUGUCUUCCCAGGCCCGACAACCAAGCUAGACCUAUCACAGUGGAGCGCAAUUAGUACCCUCGACCCCACGUUGGACGCUCUGCUCGAUGGCGGCAUACCGACGGGUUAUGUGACUGAGGUAACUGGUGAGAGGUGCGUAUACUCGCUCCCCAGAGUGAGUCCAUUCGUAUUCGAGACGUCCUGACCUAAUGGCUAACCGGUCACAGUGGGAGUGGAAAGACGCAAUUCCUUCUCACCCUUCUUCUGGCCGCUCAACUCCCUGCACCUCGUGGCCUGGGCAAGUGUGCCAUAUACAUCUCC